GGAGGAGGACAAAGCACAGUUGGAUCGAGUUGGAAAAACCUAUAAUUCUCGAAUAAUUUUUCGUCCAACGCUUUCGACACACGCUUCCACGCCAUUCCCGAUUAAUAAUAAUUCUUUAACGUCGUCUUCGCACGAUUUCAAAUUAUCGGUUCGUACAGAGUUAUUACAAUUCAAUUCUUUAAAGAAGGAAUUUCUAUUUACGAAUCACCGCCGCGGAGAAACUUAGACGAAUGUUUAAAGAUUUAAAGAUAUAAAAAUUUCAUAAUUUGAAACUAUUUAUACUUGAUAUGAAUACAGUACAGAAGGAGAUCGAUCCAAAAAUAUCGAAAUCAAUUCACGCGUGAUAUUUCCUUGGAAAUCGUGGAAUUCCUCGGCGAAUUCACGGAUCGAUAGUUGGAAUUUUUCGAGCGAAAAUCCUACGAAGCAAUGGAUAUUUGUCACAGGUUUACAGUCUCUUUGAUCGCGGGAGAAAUCUCGGUACGUAUAUAAGAUCCGAAGGAUCCCUUCGAGUAUCCCCCGAGGCAUCGAGCAAACUUACGAUAUCCACCACGCGUCCGCGGGAGUUCACAGGUUAGGUAAAUAAUGCUCCUUAUUUUGGACGUCGGCAGAUAACGUUACAGGCUGCGCGAUUUCGUUCCAGUGUCAGCGGAUUUUCGUGCCCCACAACCUAAAACUGGCUCGAGUUUCGGAUAUGAAAUAUCGGUGGCCGAGUUUAACAUGGAACUUUCACGCCGGCUCGGAUAUCGGAUAUCGUGCAACGAAUGUCAGACCUUCGUAUUCCAUCGGCGAGAUCCUUCGAAACCAUUUCACCCGAUCCACGGCUCGAAAGAUAAGACGAAUUGUCCCACGAUUUUUUCGGAAGUGGAAAUAAUGCGACGAAGCGUUAUUGUCCGGGAAAAUUCUGCGUCGAUUAGGACGGAAAGGGGGAAUCGCGGAGGCGAUAUUCAAAUAUUUGUUUAACCUUUCCGCGCGAUUCCGAGCAUUUGGCUCGACCUUGAGCUUUCAAGGAUAAACAUUUGUUCAACACUGUGACGAAGACGGAAAGCUUCCGGUUUAACCUUGAGCUUUUAAAGCUUAAAUAUUUAUUCAGCCUUCUCAACAUUUAAACUUUCGAUUCGACCUUUCUCGGUUAUCGGUACCGCGUACCCUCUUUUGCUAAUUUUCCCGAGAACUUCUCCAUUUUUGUCGUGACUAUGUAAGUCUUUCGUUGCUUCUCGUUCAACGCAACUUCGUAUUCUCCGUUUCUAUCGUAUUUCUUUUUCUAUAGUAGUUUGUAAAAAAAAAAAAGAAAGAAAGAAAGAAAGGAAAAAAAAAAGGAAGAAACAGCGGAAACUUUUUCGAUCAAACUUGCGUUAUAUAUGAUGCGGUGGUGUAUUACAAGGCAAACAAGUGAUAACGCGGUAACCGUACGUUUUACGAGAUAUUAUAUCCACCAACUUUCUGCUUUUCGCUUCUUUUGUUUAUACCUUGGCUAGUUUCUUCUGGUUGUUGAAUAUUUUUCUUUUUUUUUUUUUUUUUUUUUUUUUUUUGCGUUUAAUACGAUAUUUUUAUAUUUCUUCAUCGAGAUAAAAAACGUAUCUCCGAUUUUCCCCCUUGUAUUGUUAAACGAACUUGAAAACUGUUAGGUAUUAUAUAAGAAACCAGAUAAUUUAACGCGGACAAGAAAGGAGGAAAAGCUUUAUUACCCCGUUAUAUUAUAUUUCGUGUCGUGAUGAAGUUAAUAAAUUGCCUUCUACUUUCAUAUACACCAUUUCAUACCGUUCAUCAAUUUUCGCGUAUAUAUCUUGUAAUACCGUCGGCAAACUUUCUAUGGUAUUCUAUAUUAAAAUUUGUAUCUAUUAACAACGUUUUGAAACGAGAAAACACGAGAAUUUAACGAAAAGGAUAAACAUAUAUAUAUAUAUAUAAAGAGAGGAUAAAAAAAGAGCUUGUAAAUAAAUUAAACGUUAUUAAAUUCGGACAACGUAAAUUAAUAAACAACUCUCGUUAAUUUGAACACAUUCGAUGUGCUAGGAGAAAAAAAUCAACUCGUUUUAUUUUCGAAAUAUAAUAAAUAUCUUCAACCGCUCAUUCGUGUAUAUAAACAAAUUACAAGAAGGAAAUAACAAAUAAAAUUAAAUCAUACUUCUUUCUCUCGUAAACUUAAUCUCCUCCCUCUCUCUUUUUGAAACGUAUAAACGGGAUGACGAAAACUUCCUAAAAGAAAUUCAUCGACGAGAGGAUCGAAUAACAGAUAAUAAUCGAAUCGAAGGGAGAAAAAAUUUAAACGCGAAAUUUAUGGUGGCCACUCAACGUCAAUUCUGAUGGCGAUCGAUCGACCACGAAGCGUCGUCGCUCUCGAGUUCAUACCCGGAGGACUUGGCGGAAACUCGUUCAAAGAGAAAAGCUGAAACACCAUUAAACGGUGCAAGAGAGCAACAAUGAUGGUAUCUUCUCGAGACGACCAAAGUGAUCAUACGCGACGUUCUUUCGCCUCCUUCCUUCCUUCCUUCCUUCCUUUCUUCCUUUUCUCAAUUCCAAGCGAAAGCUAAAAGGAUACAGAAAGGAUGAAGAGGCAAGAUCGGUGGAUCCAACGUGCGAUCGCGACGUAUCAAUUACAUGAGCGCCACCCGUUUUCCGGAAAUUCGUAGUAAGUUAAGGACACGGUGAAACUCGUGUGGAUAACGAACAAUGCACGCAGGUUGACCGUUUUUGCAUUUGCAUAUGAAUUGGCGGAGUUGCUCCCGGCGACCGUUCGCGCCAACCGCAGGACCACGACGACCUUUCGACCGUUCUUCGCCGAGUUAUCCUGUCGACGUGGAUGUGUUACACCACCACCGAGUGGUUUAACGCCGGAUACUUGGAAAUUACCUCGAUGUCGGAGAGCAUCGGAGAGUAUUUUCUCAACUUCCACUCCAUACCUCGCUCGUUCGCUUCUUCUCUGCGUUCGAUCGUUGGAUCUUUUUUUCUUUUUCUUUUUUUUAAAUUACGCCUCGUUUAAUUUGAAAGGAUCGAAAACUCGACGGCGGCUUCCUUCCUCCACUCCACCUCGCAUAGAAAGGGCGAAGAAACGAAACCGUCUUUCGAUCUCAUCGAGAGAGCUACCACGAAACUCAAUUAGAGGGAGCGCGAAGAGUAACGAGUUGGAGGAGAUGGAAGGACGGGUAGAUUUAUUACCCGGACGCGCGAGUACGUAUGCUCCUACGUGGAAAUGUCAACGCCGAAAUGUCCUUCGAAAUGUGUAUUGAAUACGAUUGGGGCGAAAGUGGAGUGGAAAUUAGAGGAUACAAUUAUAUAGUUCCCUACCAGAAGCAAAUUCUUAGUUUCGCGUUGCUGGAAUAAAUUACGCUAAAUCGCUUUUUGCGUAUUAUUUAUGAGAAUAUGUUGGAACGAGUCGUUUCAGUUUUCUAGGCGAGAGAAAAACUUUUAAAACUGUUCGGGGGGAGGGGAGAAAGAGUUUUGGAAAAAUUGCGGCCGGUUUCGGUGCUUUACUCGAAAAAUUCACGAAAGGGGAUUAAAAAAAAAACAAAUUUAUCCGGGAACUCGUCAAUCCUGCACGAGGAAAAUUAGAAGAUACAACGUUUAACGUUUAUCGAGAAAGAAUUUGAUUUUAUUCGACGAGGUAUCCGAAUUAUUUUUCAUCGCAUCAGAAUUCCAUGUAAAAUAAACAAAUAAUAUUCCAUCGUAAUUUCGAAAAGCUAACUUGUCGACCACCAAUUCUUUCUUUUUUUUUUAAUACUAGCAUCGUUAUCGGAAAAUGCAAAGUUUGCCGCAAAAAAAGAAGAAGAAGAAAAAAAAGAAAAAUCGGGAAUCGUUGUUACCCAAAAGUUUAAUAGCCUUUAAAGCCUUUUAUACGUUAUCAUCCACAACUCUUACAGGUUCAUCGAUUAUCGAACGCGUUGUUGUAAUUUUAUUCCGAUAACGAGUCUGCCGUAACUAUAAUACCCGCGACCAGUAAGGCCCGGGUAAGCUUGUUCAUGCAUAUGUACCUUUCGCCGGAUCGUUGAAUCGCGGCGAUGCACUUUAAAGACGAUAAACGCACGCCUCGAGAGACGGAACAUCCACGGAAUAUGCAGAGAAGAGUUUACCAUUCAUUAUUCGAGCAUGGUUCCGUAAUAUCCGUGGAAUCCUGACAGUGAUUACAACAGCGACUAACUUCCGUUGUACCGUGUCCCGGAUGCGCAAGUUUAUCGUGCUUUCGGAUCAGCCAAGGCAUGAACAUGCAUCAACAACGGUAGACGUAUUCGCAAUACUCGGACGGGGAAAAAAAUUAUUUUCCUUUAAAACCGCUCGUCGUUGCUCGUCGCGAUAAAUAUUCCCGUUCGAUCUUCUCAAUCUAGCGAUCAUCAAAUUUCAUGAUUAAUAUUUUUUUUUUUUUUUUACAGAACUUACCACGCGAAUCGAAGAUUGGUCGACGUUGGAAAAUUUCCAGGAUUAUACUUUAUAAUCGUCGUUACAAACAGUUUCGCGAGAUUAAUCUCUCCGAAAUUCUGCUAUUUUUCGCUCGUUUCCUUUCCGCGAGACAGUUAAGUAGCACGGGAAGGGUAACCGGCGCGAAGGGGGCGCGAAAUCGAGGCUUUUGACCCUUUCCGCGGGUGGCAAGGGCGGGGAGGGCGGUGUUUACAGGCCACGGUAAUCCAACUCGGGGUAUCCGUAACUUCAGCGCCGGCAUGAAAACCAAUUAACCCGGCGACAUCAGCGUGACCGGAGCGCCGGCUAUCAGCCUGUAAUCGGAACACUUGGAAAAUUAGCAAGGCCCCUGGAAAAUGCUUCGGCUCGUUAGCGAAACCGUAAUAGAUGGGGAUGCUAAAAUAUCCGAAUCAUAUCCGCGAUGCGGGAUGAGAGACACCAAAAGGAUGCGAUCCAAUUUGUUACGAAACGUCGGGAUUUGGAAUACUUCUUUUUUUCUUCUUUUUCUUCUUCUUUUUUUCGUGCGGCCAAUUUUAUCCCGUUCCAUUCUUGAAUCACGUAUCUCGAUCGAGGAGAAAAGAGAUUCGAUAUAUACGUUUCAAUUUUCCAGCAGGAAAAGAAGAACGGCGAAAGAGUAAUUUUAGGUAAUUUUUCGAAAUAAUGGAUCGUUGGAUCGGAUCGCUUAAGGGACUAGAUUGAAACUAUAAUCAUAGGAGGUCACGUUCGUCGCGCCGUUCCACCGCGGGAAAGAGUUUCUUCCAAACGAGUGGACGAUUAGUUUGUCUUCGUUGUUUUGGAAUUCCAGACCGCAAAUGGAGGUCAAGGAGGAAUUCUGGAUAGCACGUCCGUCCCAAAGGCACGGGAUAGAUCGUGACCUAUAAACGAGCAGAGGUUCUCGACGCCCUGGCAAGCUGGAUGGCGGCGAAGGAUACGACGGCCACCGGAAACCAAAAAGAAAGGGAGCGAGGGGAGGAGAGGGGGCGAAGAAGAGGUUGGGUACACCUUGAAAUUCGCAAGGCAAACAGAACUAUUCGUCUUUCUCUCCACCCAGAACUAUCUCCUUGGAAUUUGUCUCGGGGAUACUCGGGGAAAACGUAGUCAUCAUCCUGUGGAACGUCUCUUCGUCUGGAUGGACUCUCGUGUGUGUGUAGUCUCUAAGAUAUAAAAGAGAAUAACCACCGCGUUACGUAGGCAACAACCACGGCUAUGUUAAUCCCGAGAUUUAGAUUUUUCUCUUGGCCUUCGCUAUCUUUCCAUUCCAUUUCGUAUGCUGAUGUUACCAUGGAAUUAUUGAUAUAAAAAAAAAAAAACAAAUUCCUCUUCUCUUUUCUCCUCUUCGUUUCUCCCAAACACAGGAAUAUUUCAAAUUAAUAAAUAGUUGAGAACUUGUACUUUUUCUCUCCAACAUUGUUAACAGUGUGACUCGACGAUCGAUACGGGGGUGGAUCGGGCAGAAGAAAGUUGUUGAACCGUUUCGAUCGAUCGAUUCCGAAUAUUAAUUAAUAUUGACUUUCCCCGUGGAAGGCGGAGAUCAAGAAUCAUCGACGGGUUCACGCUCGAGAAGGAAAUUGAGCUUUCAGAUAGAGUUCGUUUAAUUAAAAUAGUUGGACCAUGUACGAAGUUUCGAGCGAAGGGAAAGUCGUCGUAUCUUUCGCGUAUAAAUUUUCUUAAUCGAAUGUCUCCUUUAAUUGAAUGUGUGAAAAAAAAAAAAGAAUGUUACCAUCUCGACGAUAGGAUAAAUAAAGAAGUAAGAAAUAUUUGGAAAUCCAUCGUGCAUGGCACGAUUUAACGCGUAAGAGUAGCAAUUUCUCGUUCGUCGAGCACACAGCCGAGGAGUCGUAUUCCAAGAUUUCGUCGUCUCGAGGGAACGAAAUACGAAUACGAUUCCCAACAACGCGUGUUUACGCAUAUCAUAGGAAUUUCAAAGAUACAACGUGAGCACCUACUAUAGUAGUAGAAAACGUGAACCGACGAAAUUGACUGCGAGCCGAUAAGUAUCUCUCGAUAAGAAAUAUUCCAAUACACGUCGCGAUACGAUGCAAAUUAAUUUCUUCGCGAUAUUAUGCCUAUUUCUUCCAUAUAGCAUGUAAUUGAAAAAUUAAAAAAAAUCAUCGACGGUGGAUUAAAAUCGAAAUAAAUAAAUGUUCGGCGAAAAAAUGAAGGUUUAAAGAACGAUUUCGUUCGAACCGAAAAUUAGAGAUCGAUCACAGAACGAUAUCGAGACAAAGUAUAAACCUUUCCUACCUCUCUCGAGCUGGACCGUUCCUUUUAUUUCGCUAGAAUGUCGUCGGCAAAUCUUAUUUAAGGCAGAUUUAUCGCCGGCCCAACCCCGAGAUCGAGCUAUGAUAUUACGCCGGACUCGGAUGCGCCAUUCACAUCGCGACUCCUCGACUCAAAAAGUGUCAUAACUCAAAAGCCGAGCGCCUCUUCGAGCACUUCCGCCGCUCCACCAGCACAUCGUGUGCCAGAAUCCGUCCUUCUCCCAUACUCUGCUCCCUCCCCGCACAACCAUUUCACUCCGCGACAGAGCAGAUAGAAUCCUGCACUUUUUGUUAAUAACGCAAGGAUCGCUUUCGCCCGGAUAAAAAAAUUCCCGCCUGAUAUUAUUUCCAACCGCGUUUCCCAAGACGCGUUUCCCCGCCCAUUUUUCAUCCAACGAUAUAAUCCAUCGAAUGCGAGGAUCAUUCUCUCGAUCCAGAAAAACGACUCAAUCUCGUGAAGCUUCGAAAAUUGGCUAUGAAGAAAAUCUUCCUAACAAUCUUCCCAAGAAUCUAACAUCUCGGUGUAUUUCAAUGAAUCUCGUGUUUUGAGAUUUUGAAAUAAUAUCGACGCGUACACGUGCGAAUCUCGUGUUACAUGCAUGGAUGAAUAACUCGUUAUUUUAUCUCGAAAGUUAUUCUCGUUGGGGAGAUGCGUAACGCGGAAGCGCGGGUAACGAAAGUGGAGACAGUUUCCGAGUUACGAUAAUCGGGUUUCUAAACAAUUGCAACGUAAGACGGGAAUCUGGGACGAAAUGGAGCAUGCGAUCAGCCGAGGCGGCGUUCGAGAAGAAAGUGGAAACUUGUAACGCAAUUUUCGGGAUCCACGAUGCAUAACGAUCGAUCGAUCGAUCGAUCGAUCGAUCGAUACGCGUGUGUCACCUAGGACGAAGAAACAAAUGCCUUUCCUGCGUUCCAUUUUUUCGCCCUCUUUCCCAACCAACUCCAUUAGCGAGCCAGGAUUGGCUAAUGUGCGCUCGACCGAGCAUCGCGCCACGCUUUUUGCGGCCCCGGCCCGCUUGAAUAAUUGUGUUUUGCAACGUCUGCACCGGCAAAGUUCCGGGCAUGGGUCCAAAGAAGAAUUAAGCCGAGGGAAACUUUUUAAAGUGGACCUAUAAAAGGGAGAAUAUCGGCCGGGCCGGGCUAUUCGGUUUUCGGCCGAUCGCGCGCGAAUUCUGGAUACCGAUCGUCGUCCGUUUGCGCGGCAACAGUGAAUCCGGCAUCCGUCGAUAUGGCUUUCAAAUUCGUAGCGCUUGUUUUGGCUUGGUCGGCCAUGUUCGACGGGAAAACGGAGGCCGGCGGUCACGCGCACUCUUUCCACCAUUUCCACGGACCCGUGAUAGGGGAAGCUCAAGAAGUGAGUUGGAAGGACAAGCACGGCCACCGUGAUCACGAUUACGUGGCGCAUCCGCAUUACGAGUUCUCGUACGGAGUGGAGGACCAUCAUACAGGCGACUAUCACGGGCAAAAGGAGCACAGAGACGGCAAAGACGUUGUCGGUGAAUACACGAUAAAGGAGCCCGGUGGUAACAUUAGGACGGUGAAAUAUCGGGCAGGGAAGAAUGGAUUUUUCGCUCACGUUUUCAACAGCAAUGGCAACGACCACGAUGGAGGCCAUCACCAUUAAGCUCGGCGUCAUCAUCCGUUACCAAAGAUUUUCUCGUUACGUUGCGAUUGUUGUUCUUGUUGUUAUGCAACGUUGAUUGUUUCGUUUUUGUUGCACUGAUUAAAAUAAAGGGAAAAAAGAACAAAAAAACAAAAAAUGACAGAGAGAGAGAGAUCGAUCGAAACAUUUGCCAGUUUAAUUCGUUCCAAAUCACUUGCCCAAUUAGCAGCGGAAAGGCAUCCGAUCGCAGAAAUUCGUAGACCGAAUCGAAAACCGAUGUACGCCGGGAACCAAUGAACGGCAUCGUGAUUCCACGGCGAGCCAUGUUUUUAACGGAAGUGACGUUUACUGAUUGACAAUCCGAUCGUCACGGACAUAUGGAUCUCCCCUGUGAUUACGUAUCCAGGUUUACCUGGAAACAACAACCGGAUGGGAUGCGUGUAAAUCGAUCGCAAGCUUUUCGAAAUUAAUGAAUCUCUUGACUUUAAACAGCCUUAUCUUUGCGAUUUGUGUAAUCGUUCGAGACGACGAAAUAAAACAGAAGUGUAAGAAAAAAUCCUUUUUACUCGUCGAGAUGCAAAUGAUCGAUCAAAUCGGUCAAUUGUGAUUUCUCUUAGACUCCUGUUAUACAUGUCUGAUAAUAUAAAUAAGAAUAUAUGUUUUUUCUAU